GUCCAAUUUUGUAAUGGAAGUUUAGAAGACAAUAGCCCCUAAUAUCGAGAAAAAAAUCUGUACCUGGGUAAUCAAGAUGGAAAGCAUCCGAUUGAUAACACAUGUCCAAUAGAAUGCUACGGACUUGUGGACUUCCCUGUGAUGAUCGCCUGGAGCCGCUCCGGUCGCCUUCGUCGCCCCGGAUUCCUGCACGUCGGCUCCACAUCUCCUCCACAUUGAGAGAACAUUCGGAGCGGCACUCGGGACAAAUUGGUGGGUUCGUAUCGUGCCGAAGGGAUCCCUAUAGGCUAUAUUAUUAAGUUCCUUUGGUAAUAACCUUCCAAUAGCGCCGAACGCGGAGUGACAAACCAAAGUAUACCGUGACAUGUACUUGUUGUGAUCGAUCGUUCUUAUGGUGAGAUUUUCCAACUUUAAUGUGCCUCGAAUGGCUAUCAUGGUCGAUUUUUCCUAAUUUCCCUAACCCAACUCCUUAAUCUUUUACCUACCUAAUAUUCUUCUUCUUGGUGGUUACAAUCGCGAUCAUGGCGAGCCAAGACAGUAGUGAUCAAUUCCAAGAAAAACACGGUUCGGCAAUGGCCGAGGCCCAUGAAGACGAUAGUGGAUCCAUCGUUUCGUCUUCUGAUGGCAUUAACCCUAUCCGUCCAAAUGGGACUAAAGACGAAGGCGACGUUUCGCAGGGCGCAUCAAAAAAGGAUACUAAGCGAUCGAGGGUCUCCGAAGAAGUAAGAAGAACCACCAGCAAUGUCAUCGCACACGUCGCCUCGCGCAUCACCACCAGGACAUGGCCAGAACCACCACCUCCUCCGGACGGAGGGAUAGAUGCGUGGACCCAAGUCGCAAUGGGCUGGCUGGUUAUCUUCACUACAUGGGGAUGGGUGAAUUCCUUUGGUAGCUUUCAGACCUACUACACAUCGGUAUUGCCACAAACACCGUCCACGAUAUCGUGGAUUGGGUCCGUGCAAAUAUGGUUCUGCCUAGUAAUAAGCGUCAUAUCCGGUCGUCUGCUCGACGCUGGCCUGUUCUUACCGACCUUUAUGGUUGGCGCGGUCAUUCAGGUACUCGGCAUGUUCUUAAUGAGCAUCUCAAACCAAUACUGGUCGUUGAUGCUGACCCAAGGCGUCCUGACGGGAAUCGGAUCCGGGAUCUUCUUCACCCCGUCUCUCGCCCUCGUCGCGACUUACUUCAACAAGAGGCGCGGCCUCGCCGUCGGGCUUGCGACGACGGGUAACUCAGCAGGGGGAAUCAUUUAUCCUGUCGUUGUGAGGCAGCUGAUCCCUACGCUGGGAUUCGCAUGGACUACGAGAGUCCUAGCGUUCAUCAACCUAACAUGCCUUAGCGUCGUGUUUGCGUUUAUGCGCCCACGCCUACCGCCUAGGAAAUCAGGUCCCAUUAUUGAUUGGUCUGCAUUUCGCGAACUGCCGUACCUGGGGGUCGUGGGUGGGAUAUUCGCGACGUCGAUGUCUAACUACUUCACCUUCUAUUAUAUCGCAUCUUUUGGCAGAGAAUCAUUGGGUCUCUCAUACUCGGCUGCUUCAAUCAUGGUGAUCCUCAUCAACGGAGCAGGAAUUUUAUUCCGAGUUAUACCUCCCAUCAUCGCCGAUCGCAUUGGGCCGAUUAACGUCAUGUUUCCUGUGACGUUUGCGUGGGCGCUUGUGGCGUUCUGUUGGUUAGGUGUGGACAGCGUACCGGGCUUGUACGUCUUUACGUGUUUCUAUGGUAUCUGUUCCGGGAGUUUCCAAUGUCUCACGGCAACGGCUGUUGCGAGCAUCACGAAGAGACUCGAUACGGUUGGGACGAGGCUUGGAAUGGCCUUCAGCAUUUCUUCAUUCGCGUCGCUCACUGGACCCCCUAUUGGCGGGGCAAUCCAGGCCGCUAGUGGUGGUAAAUUCACGGGUGCACAAGCAUGGGCGGCCACGAUGACUUUCAUCGGAUUUCUAUGCUUCGCGUUUGUGAGAGUAAGUAAAGUUGGGUGGGAAUUAAAGGCGAGGUGUUAAGAAAUGCACGGGAUUAUUAUGAGUAUCGGGCAUGGGUACUAGGUAAACAGGACAUGUGACGGCUUGGAAAAUUGGUGACGGAUUUUACGAUUAAUUAUUAAUAGAUAGUCGAUAAUAUGUGCGGCAUGGUAUGCUCUUGGAAAGUUGUACGUCGAUAUCCCAUUCGAGAUCGGGUCUUUGGCUUCAUCUGGGUAUCUGAUAGAUGCAUGGGGUCUCCAUCAACGCUUUGAGCAAACCCGACAAUAUUAGCGUUGAU